AUGCCAGUAGUCAAAAGAGUUGAAGGUAAAUUUGAUAUCUUAGAUCCUAAGUAAUCCAAAUACGCUAUUGAAAGUAUUGAAAAGAAUAAGUAAAUAAAGUAGUAAAGAACUGAAGCUCCCAAAUUUUUGAAAAAUGAGGAAAUGUACAAAGAUUUUACAGCAAAAGACUUUCAACAAGAAAACCCUGAGAUAGUUAAAGAGAAGGAGAGAAUUGAAAGAGAACAUGAAAAAAGAAGGCUUGAGGCUAUGGCAAAGAAAAAUCCAUUAGGAUUUUAAACCAAGCCAAAGAAAGAGCAGAGAAAGAUAUCUAUGGAUCCGAUAGCUAAAAAGGUUGCGUUAGAUGAGCAUAGAAGAACUCUAUAAACUUUUGAUAGAUUCAACGAGGACUUUGUGACAGCAUAUAUAUCUGAAAAGUCUUAGAAAAAGAUUUAAGCCCUUAACAAGUAAAAUGAAGCACCAAUUGACUAGUUUGUGAAUGUAGCAAAUGUAGAUGAAUUUGUGAAGCCGGAAAGAGUGUCAAAAAGACUUGCUAGAAUGGGAAUAUGUUCAAGAAGAGUAGCCGAAAAGCUAAUUGAAUAGGGUAUGAUUAGAGUAGAUGGCUAGCAAAUAGAUCAAAAUAUGCAGGUAACAAAUCAAAACUUACUGUAAAUAUCUGCCAAAACUGGAAUUUAUACUCCUGUGAAAGAAAAUACCAGAAUCUGGCUUUAUCACAAGCCUAGAGGAAUGGUUACCACGCAUGCAGAUACACACGGUAGAAUGACUGUGUUUUAGUAACUCUAUCAAGAAGGCUUAAGAAUUCCUCAUGUUAUCAGUGUAAGUUACAGAGUAAGAGUAUUUGGAAGAAUGUUCAAUGAGUAAAAAUUAAUGAGGAUAAGAUAAGGAGUAACAAUGAAUGGAUAAUUUUAUGGACCUUAUAUUUGUGAAGUUGAGAAUAGACAAAAUACAAAUACAUGGCUGCAUAUUAAACUCAAUACAGGAAAAAAUAAUGAGAUUAGAAAAGUAAUGAGGAAAUUUAGUCUCAGAGUUAAUAGACUUAUUAGAGUGACUUAUGGCCCUUAUACAUUAGGUUUAGUUCCUAAUCCUAAUGAUCUCAGAGAAGUAUAGAUAACUCCUGAUUUAAGAAAAAUAAUGUAUAAGUAUUUCAAAGAUAGAACGUAGACAGCCUAAACAGCAAUAUCAGAUGCAUAGAGUUAGAAACUAAGACUUCAAAAUAAACUGGUUGAUUAAUUAAUUGGAUCAGAUAAUAAUAAAGGAGUUAUGGAAUCCAAAUUCAAACAUAUUGAAGCUUACGAAGAUAGUGAUAAGGAAGAAAUAGAAGUUAGUGAGGAUGAGGAAGAAAUGUACAUUGAAGAGGUAAGUUUAUCCAGCAGAUCAAAAGGUUUUGGUUCAUCCAUUCUUAAUGAUGAAGAUGAAAAAAGCCUUAAGUAAUGA